GAAUUCCUCGAUGCAAUUGUAUUGAAUGAUUCAACGGGGCGUUCAUACCCCGGAGAAGUACAUGAACUACUCUUCGGAAAAAAAAAAGAAAAAAGAAAACUCCAGCUAGAGUCAACCUUGACUGUUGCCGCUCGUUGAAGUGCAACAAAUAAGAGAGCUCUCCUGCAUAAACGUUUAGAUUUCGUUAAUUUUUUCUUUUUUGUUUUCCUCUCGAUGCGAAUUUAAGUGAAGCUUCUCUGCAAGCCAACAAUCUCCUGCAACAAGGAAAAAUGAACAAAGGUGGAGUAGGUCUCACCGGCGGAGGCAGUGGGCCAACAGCAGCGGCGGCGGCAGCAGCAGCUCAGAAGCAGAAGACCCUGUUGCAAAGAGUCGAUACCGACAUAACCAAUAUUGUUGAUAAUUUCAAUCACCUGGUUAACGUUGCAAGGGUAAGCGAUCCACCAGUUAGGAAUUCACAAGAAGCAUUCAUGAUGGAGAUGCGUGGAGCGAGAAUGGUUCAGGCAGCAGAUUCCCUGCUGAAAUUGGUAUCAGAGCUGAAGCAGACAGCUAUCUUUUCCGGGUUGGCAUCUUUGAACGAGCAUGUUGAGCAGAAGACUGUUGAAUUUGACCAACAAGCUGAGAAUACAGAGGGAAUGUUGUCUAGAAUUGGAGAGGAGGCAGCUGGUUGCCUGAAAGAGCUUGAAUGUCAUUACUACUCUUCCGUCCAAAGGAUCGACCAAGGCGAGCAGUGAAGGUCCGAGGAUAGCAGUUUACUCUUUCAAACCUAAUUUUACUAGGAAAAAGAUUUAACCCAUCAGAAGGAAAAGCCAUAUGAUGCUCAUGCAGUUGGUAACUUCAGUGUAUUCAGGCCAUGUAUAGACAUGCUCAUUCAACAACUACAUCCUUGAUACCUUUACAGAUGGGCGCAGAAAAUCCGGAUGCGUAUUAUUAGAUCGAAUGUGGUGUAAGCGUGUAGCUAUACGACACUGAUUUAAGAAAUCAAAGGAGUCAUGCUUUAGUUAAUACUAGAAUAUGACCCGUGCCGUAACGGCACGGGCUUUGAUUCAGAAUGUUUGCUUCACUUUUUCGAUUAGUUAUAUUAUUGUGAAUCAUACUCAUUAGGAGUUCAAUGUGGAAUAAGGCAUCAUUAUUGUGACGAUUUCACAAUACUAUGAAUUUUUAUCAUGUAUGUUAUU